CUAUCAGACGCUGUAGAUAUUUGUUUACAUUUUGUUGCACAGCAAACUUGAUUAAUCUUAAUUUAAAAAAAUGGCAUCAAAGUUGUCUGGGUAUGACUCACACAGUGAAGGGCCGGGUUUCGUUGGCAUAAGAUUUUGCCAAGAAUGCAACAACAUGUUGUAUCCAAAAGAAGACAAAGAAAACAAAAUCCUUUUGUACGCGUGCAGAAACUGCGACUACAAACAACACGCCGACUCCAAGUGUAUCUAUGUGAACAAAAUUAUGCACGAAAUUGACGAGCUGACGCAUAUAGUGGCUGAUGUGAUAUCAGACCCCACAUUGCCUAGGACAGAAGACCAUCAUUGCCCCGAGUGUAACCACAGGGAGGCCGUGUUCUUCCAAGCACAAACCAGGAGGGCUGAAGAGGAGAUGAGACUAUAUUAUGUAUGCACCAACCCACAUUGUGCUCACAGAUGGACUGAAUAAUCCCUAUUUAUUUUUAUGUGGAUGAUAUUGAUUUAAAAACAGCCACUAAUUUUCACUGAUGUAGAUAAGACCUUUUAUGUGGACAUAUUGGACAAAAAUUAAUUAUUAAUUUACACUGAUGUAGACAAGAUUUUUUAUUGAUGGUUUUUAAUAUUUGUAUGUAAAUAAUUGAUUUGUUUUAGGCGGAUUAUGGUGUUAUUGGUUUAAUUAUACACAAAGUCUAGCCAGGUUAAUUUCAAAUGGAAAAGGUGGAUAACUUAGCAAAGAUUAAAUAUAUUUAUAAACAUAUACAAAUAUACAUUUAAUUUUUGGUAUUGGUGUUGCAUCUCAUUAUUUAUUAAAUUAUCCACUUGACCAUCAGAAAUUAAUCUGACUAAACAAAUAUUUGAUUGCUUUAUUUAAUUGACACAUGUAAUUAAUUAUUAUGUAAAGGAGGUGUUUCUGGAAGCAGGUAGAACACGUCCAAUAAAGAAGAAAAUCUUCAUUA